CCUUUUAGCCCUGAAGAACGACGAGGCACUGAUGAUCCUGUGCUACGCAGUGGUGGAGGGACACUGUCUCUCGUCGGAGGUCACCCGGGCCUGGAAGGAGAUGGAAGAAAGAAUCCUUGGGUUCGGAGAGUCGGUGUGCGACAGCCUUGGCCGGCGUCACAUGGACCUGUGCCCUGACUGCGCUUUCUGCUCGCUGAAGCGGGAGCAGUGUCAGAACGUCAGAAACCUGAACCGUGUCCACUGCGAGACGGGCAGCUUCACCGCCUACAUCAACCCUCAGAUCUCAGCCCAGCACCAGGCUGCCGGCAACAAGACCAGCUGCCCGGGGAGCUCGGAGUACUACGGCUUGGAGGUUUUCAGGGGGCGGAGGUCGGACUACUGGUGCAGCCAGAUGGCUACUUAUGGCUGUGAGGACCCUCGUGUGAACCUCUGGCUGAAAGCAGAGUACACCGCCUUCCAGGAUGGGGAUGGCCCGAACCAGGUCUGCGACUCGAGUGGAGUUCAGCAUCCCAGCUAUUGCGCGUUCAAGAGCCACCAGUGUCUCCAGAAGAGCUUCUACAACCAGAGGGUGUCUCGCUGCGGCUGCCAUGGAAGCAAGAUGUACCGGGGGAUGAGCGAGAAGGAGGGAGAGGAGGAGGGGCAGCAGUGGCGAGAGAGACUCCUCGGCACCACCGAGGCUGGGGUAGCAAGUGCACUGUAG